AUGGACCGCCGCUUGGUCAUCCUUCUGGAUCCUGGUGCUGCAUCGAAUGACUACCUCAGACACGACAAGUCGAAGGAAAAGCGAUUUGCUUUCGACCAAGCUUUCGGCGCAGAUACGGACAAUGGAGUCCUUUUCAGUGCGACAGCCGAGCCUCUGAUAGACAGCGUCCUGGCCGGCCUAAACUGCAGCGUUUUCGCUUACGGGGCAACGGGAGCUGGCAAGACCUUUACGAUGAUCGGCACUCCGGCCGAACCAGGUGUCAUGUUCCGCACAGUUGCUGGCCUGUUCGCCAGAUCGGCUCCUGGACAGGACCACGGUGUUUCUGUUGCUUGCUCCUUCGUGGAAGUCUACAACGAGGUGCUGCGCGACUUGGGCUCCCGAGACGGCCGAGAAGGGAUGCUGGACUUGCGGGAGGAUCCAAUGACAGGACCCUCCCUGGCCGGCGUUACCGAGAUCCAGGCACAGUCCGUCCAGCAGGUUAUGGAGUUGUUGCAGCAGGGCAACCAACGAAGGACUACAGAGCCAACGGCGAUGAACGUGACCUCCUCGCGGUCUCAUGCCGUGUUUCAAGUGCGGGUGGAGCGUCGAGAUCCCAAGGCAGAAGGAGGAGGGACAGUUGGCAAACUCUCUAUGAUAGACCUGGCCGGGUCGGAGAGGGCCUCCCAGACGCACAACAGCGGCCUUCGGUUACUGGAGGGAGCCAACAUUAAUCGCUCGCUACUGGCACUCGGCAAUUGCAUCAAUGCUUUGGCGUCCGGCUCUGGCUUCGUCCCAUUCCGAGAUUCGAAGCUCACCAGGCUACUGAAGGAUUCUUUAGGUGGAAAUUGCCGGACGAUGAUGAUUGCCAACAUCUCACCGAGCCACCUGAGCUAUGAAGACACUCUGAACACCUUGAAGUACGCCAACCGUGCCAAAAAUAUCCGAGUGAGUACCUCGCAGAAUCUGAUCCAGCCAGACGACCACGUCAGACAGUACGAGCAUGCCAUUUCGGACCUUCGACAGGAGGCGGCACUUCUGAAAGCCAAGCUGGUGCAGCGGGCGGCAACACAGCAGCUGCAGGACUUGGAGGCGGAGAAGGAGGUCGGCGGGGAGACCGAGUUAAAGGAGGCCAGUGAGAACUGGAAGCUCGAGAUCAUCAAGAAUCUGGAGAGCCGGUCCUCAUUGCAGCGCUCCCUUCUCGAUGUGGAGAAGGCCUUGGUGCAAUGGCGUGUGGAGCUUGAUCACGCCAAGGAGGUCAUCGCUUACUGGGAAGAUCGCCAGCAUGCCGGCACACCUGGUCGACCCCGUUUAUCGGCAGAGCCACAGACCCUGGAGGAGUGGAAGGAUUUGGUCAGCCAGAUUGAAGAGAACAUGAACGAAAAUGCGGAGACACGGCGCUCUCUUGCGAGAAGACUGCAGCAAAACAAAGAAGCAGGCAAAGAGCUCCAAGCUCAGCUGCCGCGGCGAGUACUGAACGAGGACUUACGGGCCUUCCUCGAACUGGUUCAGCGAGUGCAGGUCUUGGAAUACGAGCGCCUGGAGCUGGACCACUUCUGGGAGAUCCACCGUCGACAGCUGGAAGACCGAGAUUUGGA